GCCAUCUUCAUGGCGGACUCCGGUGUGGACAUGACCAUCCUGCAUGUGCAUCCGCACUAUUUUGUGGAAAUUAUCAUCAAAACGGAACCAUUAUGACAAAGCGAGAUGGCUGUCCUCUUGACAAAAUGACUAAAAUGGAUCAGAUCGAGAAUUGUGAGACGAAAUUGCUGCAAAGGACAGAAAAUUGUAAUGAAAAUGCCAACAAUUCGGACGUGCGUGUCCAUAGUCCGGGCAAGAGCACGGGGACGAGACAAUCGAGCAGCGGGAGCUUUAGUGAGUUCUCAGCCAGCAGUUUCCGCGAUUCUCCCCGAUCUGCACCGAGCUCCUUGCCUGGUUCACGAUGCGGUUCCACUCCUGGGUCGAGACUGGCGUCAAGGUCAAACAGCCAGGAAUCUAUCAUCGACCUAUUUGAUUCAAUGACCCUGCAGUUUGGUCAAACAAUAAGUGAAGGAACUGGACAAGGUAUUCAUCUGUUCUCCCCGAAGCCACGCCCCUUGCGUCAUCCGAAAUGGAGUUGGCAGGAGAGAGUGAGGAUCAACCAUGCCAUUUGGAGGAGCUGGCACAUGCAAUAUGUGAAAGGAAAAAAGCCAGUUAUCUGUCAGUUCUCCGCUCCCGCUCCAGAUUCAAGACCGAGAUUGCAGGCUGAUGUUAUCCAGGGGAGACCCAUCAAUAAGCAAUGGAAUCCAUCUCAGCUUGGCUCGGCUGUCAGGGACUAUCACAAAUGGAGGGUCUUCGGCAGGGAUUUGUUCAUGGGGGAAAGUGCCCAAAGGACAGUGGAAGACCAUGCCAUCAACCUGGACAUGCCCCACCCUCCCCUCUCCCCGAUGUCGGCUCAGAAGCUGAUGAACGAUGACACCCUCAAAGACUUCUCAGACACCCUCUUUAUCAGCACAGAGAGGAAGAACUUCACCGUCCCUGCACCCAGGAAGAUCACUCGCCAUGUAUACAACAGUGAUAUCAUACAGCCCGGACUUAUGCAGCUGGAGCCUGAUUUUGAUGAAGAUUUCAUGGAAACCCUGGAUUCUCUUCAAGCAGAUAUCUUGGCAAAGACUCCUACCAAACAAGACACGGAUAGCCUGGGGAUGAACUACAGUCUACCACCAAACUUCCUCUCCGACACCUCUAUAGGUUCACUGAGCGAAGCCAUGGAGAUUACAGACCCGACCAAGUCUUUGCUGAAUGCCUAUCCCAUCGCCAUCAUUGGAAGCAGUGGCAACAACAGCAAGCAAGUGCUCAACCAACGCAGUGUGACCUUUGCAACGGCCCCACCCACCAUCGUCUCCUGCCAGUAUGACCCUAUGGUCAGCAGCGUACCCCUAUCAGACUUCUCCCAGUCACACCUUAACCAGACCUACAGCCAAGCUGCAGGACAAGUGUCUUCAGGUCAAGUGUCUGGGCAGGCUCCCAGACAGAUCCAGGGACAGAGCCCUAGUCAGUCUUCUGCCGGUAGGAGAAACAUGCAACUGCCAGACCUUUCCAAGGGCCACAUUCCAAUGCAGGGCGUGACUUGCAGUGUCAGCAGUAGAGGGCAGCAUUCCAGCCAGCAGUCCAUGCCAAUGGCAUCGUUGUCCUAUCAACAACCCAACACUUCUUCUCAUCUAACCACCUCACUGGCAAGUAACCAGGUCUAUCCCUCUUCUCACACCAAACUUGGAGCACAAAGCCCUACUCCAACAUCUCCCCCAGCUUGCAUCCAGAAUGUACCAAUGAACCAAGGUCCCAAUGCAACAACGAUGGGUGUCAUAAACGAAGCUAUCGACCUCCUGUCCAGUCAGAUGACCUCUUCCCCGUCCAAGAUCCUCCCAGACUGGACCACACAGUACAGCCAUCCCAUGAGCACGACGUCCUGGGCACCAACUAGCCAAAGUAAUGUGGACAUUACUGAACAGCUGAAGACGUCCCUUUCUGAUGCAACGUUUCUAACCUACCAGCAGAUACAGACAGAUCUCAGCUGCACCAUGGACCCGAUGGCCCAAAUGGACCAGAGUACGGUCUUGGGUCAUAGUUUGUAUGGCGGAAACAUGUCGUCAGGGCAACCACAUCAACAUCAUCAGCAACAACAUCAGGUGCCAUCACCCGGGCAGCCGCAUCAGGUCCCGUCGCCCAAACAGUAUUCCGUAGCGUCCCCGCAACAGCAUUCCGUUGCAUCCCCCCAGUAUUCAGUGCCAUCCCCGCAGCAACAUUCGAUAGUGUCUCCGCAAUCGCAUCAAGUGGCAUCUCCGCAGCCCCAGGAAGAGCUGAUGGACUUCGAGCAGUAUUCUGCCUUGAAUGUUGUGGGAGUGUCCGGACUGAAUGCCUAUCGCCAGCCUAAAAGAGCAGAAGUCACCCAUAGCAGCCAGACCAACAGUCGGAGUAACAGCAAAGCCAACAGCCGAGCCAACAGUCGUCCUAGCAGCCGCCCCAGCAGCCGGGGCAACAGCAGGGCUAGCAGUAGGGCUAAUAGCCCCAGGGCUAGUUAUGCUGGUUUGCCGGGCCACUUCCAGGACUCUCUCCAGGCUGCACUGCAAGGGAAGUCUGAAGUGAAAGAGCCUGGCUUGUUGCGUAGUCCCUCCACCGACCGUGAUCUCACCAUAUCAGUCCCGUCAUCCUGCCAGGCCUCCGCCGCAUCUAGUGCGGCUUCAUCGCCUGGCAGCCAGAUAGAGUAUCCCGAAACUCCCACCAGUAUGCGAGAGUUCGAGUUCCAUGCACCCAGAGCCAAGAAGCAGAAGACACCCGAGUCAGGAUCAAAGGACAAGGAGGCUCGUCGGAGGAUAAAGCACAUCCACUCUGAGCAUAAAAGACGGUACCACAUCCAGACAGGAUUGGAUGAGAUACAGAGUUUAAUACCCGGGAUGAAUAACGGCGGCAGUGAUAACGCCUCCAAGAUAAGCACAGCAACAAUGUUACAGAAAGCCCAUGAAUACAUCCAACAUCUAAAGGAAGAGACCAAUAACCUUCGAAAAGAAGUGGACAGAACGAGAGAGGAGAUCCAGAAAGUCAACGAUGAAAUAUGUGAAUGUCAGGACAGUCUACCUGAUACCGGAGCACCAGUCAACUCACAGAGCGAGAGACAGCUCCAGCAGAUGUGCAAUGAAUAUAUUAAUCAACAAAUGCAAGAUAACUGGAAGUGGUGGAUUUUCAGUAUGAUAGCUAAACCACUGUUCGUCUCGUACGUUGCCGCAGUGUGCACCAAUCCAGGGGCAAACUUUGAUGAAGAAGUUGUAGACUGGGUUGAGGAAAGUUGUCGACUCAAGCCACUUAGAAAAUUGGUAUACACUAUUGUCAGGCAAGUCAGCACCCGGACCUCGGUCCUUCAAAAUCCCGUCCAGCUGCCGCAGGAAGUGCGCGAGAUCAUCAAGAAGGAGAUCGAGAAUCCCUCUUCGGAACACUCAUGAUAUUAACUACCCACGUAGCUUUAGUGCUAGAUAGACUUAAUAUAUGCUACUAAACCAUUGCAUGCUGGAAGAGAGUGAUCCCUGUAUAAAGCCUAUGGGAAUCCAAGGAUUCAGUUGUCAACGGGUUAUAAUUCCAUGUCAGGUGGGUGUUUCAUAAAGCUGUUCGUAAGUUAAGAGCGACUUUAAGAAUGACUGGUAAUCCUUUCUUCUGGUAUGUGGUAUAUCCAUUGGAGAUGGUUAAGCGCAUAAGAAAGGAUCACCAGUCGUUCUUAAAAUCGCUCUUAACUUAUGAACAGCUUUACGAAACGGCCCCCGGGUUCUUCCUCUUUGCAAUGCCUGUACACCACAAGGAGGGAGAGCUAUAUAUUUUGUGCCACGAGAGGGUGCUAGACUUUAUAAAAAAGAAAUGCUGCAGCCAGAAAAGAAUGGAGACGAUGCUUGAGUGAUUUUUUUUUUUGCAUAGUAUGGCAGAUGAACCUUUUCAUUCUGUAUCCGUGAGAUGAACCCAAAGAGAUUGGUGAUCCUUUUUAUCGAUGAUUGAUGAACUUCCGCAGUGACACUACAUUGGAAAUUACAUUCUGAGAUAUGAUCAUCAUUGAGAGAGCACAAAUAUAUUUUCUAAUCUAUGCCUCUUGCAUGUACACAGCAGGAGGGUGAUCUACCUUGAGUCUCUUCAUCUCGUGUUCUAUCAUCGUUGAAUAGGGAAGUUAAGCAGUUAUUACCUAAGUAAAAUUUUGAGAAGAAAUAAUAACAUAUGGAAUGCAUAUGAUCUUAUCGUGAAGUAUUUCCAUUGGAUGUGGUAUUUGUUUAAUUCCGUUGUGGAUGGAUAUGAUCAUCAGUCACGUAAUUGGGAAAAUUUAUUUCAAAACAACGAUGAAAAGAUGAUGGGGCUGGAUCAUCAUGCUGGCUUUCCUUUUGUUUUUGGUCUUAUCUCAUAAUAAAUAACCCAUGUUGUAUUGAUGGAUAAUAGAUGAUUAUGAGAAGUUAAAAUUUUGUUUGGAAAAAAAUACAAAAUAACGACCUGUGGUAAUUCAUGCUCUUCAAAUCACUAUUAUUACUGAAUCUCUUCCUGAUCAACCUACCAUAAUCUUUACUAGGGCUGCACAAGACGACGUUAAAAAAUUACUGUGACAUUAUAUUCUUGAAAAGAAUUCACUUCAAUUCCACUGCAUAGGAGCCCAAAGUUUAACAUUGUACCCAAAUAUUGCAUACAUAUAAAAGGUACAAACCCAUCGUGCAUUUAUUAUAGGUAAAUAGCUAGUGAAUAGACGAUAUCAUGUCCAAGAUCACCUGCGUCAAGUAAAUAAUUGAGGUUCUAAUACAGGUAUGUUUCAGACAAGAUAUUUGCCUUGAGUUUGAGAGAAUCUUAGAGCCCUUACCCAAAUCUAACCUGUCAGGGUCCAAGGGGGUGGAAGUAAAAGCAACAACGCUAACUGAUUUUUUUACCUCAUCUAUACUCUUGUGACUUUUCUUACAAAGAGUUGCAAUAGAUCAACUCUAAUUCAGAUUUUUGUUUUGUUUUGAUUUUCAGCUUAAUUUCAGUGUAUUUUUGGCUUUCCUUUGUACAAAAAGUAUGGGAGCUCUUUCUAUUUUAGACUUUUUCGACACUUUUCAGUUUUUUCAGGUCUUUUUAUUGUGACCACUCACACCCCUGGAAAUGAAAAUGUGCGCAAAGACAAAAAUUCCCCUGUUUGUGAAGUAAAUCAAAUGCAAGUGAUUACAUGGUAGUUGCACUGUGUCAGUACCAUUGCCAGUGAAAUAUCUAUGUUUAUGAAAGAUGAAUGCGGGUACAACAUCUCUUAAAGAAAUCUUGAAGUUGCCAAUUUAAGGAAUUCAAAAAGUAAUGAUUUUGUCAGUAAGUUACAGCAGAUCUUCCCUUCUGUUGUAUUUGCCAAAGCUCCUUUCCUCGGUCAAAUCUUAUCACAGCUUUGCACUUCCAUGCCUUUUUAUCGUUAUUACAGUGAAUGUUAUGAACAAGGUUGCACCUUUCUUCUUUUCCCCAUAUUAAAGUGGAAAGAAAAAGAUCACUUUCAAACUAUUCCCUCAGUAUUUAUCGCACGAGAGAUGUGCAUUAUUCCUUGGGAUAACUUGUGCUUCUACGAAAAACCAAAGAUCGUCAGCUUGACCGGGAUCAUGUUUAGUUUAUCUGUGCUAUUAAAUGCUGCAGUCUGAUCUUUGUCGUUCGUAGGAUUUUAUCAUAAUGUACAGUUGCAUGCAAAAUCUAUGAUGAAAAAAAAGUGAGGGAGAGAGUUAUAUUUCCAAGUACUAUAUAUUUUGGAGAAAUAAAGGAGUGGAGAUAUAGAUAUAUAUGUAUAUAUAUAUAUUCGUUGGUCAUGUAUGUAGUACAUGUUUGCCUGUGUGUGUGUGUUUGGAUGGCUGCGCAUGUACGCUGUGUAGUGAUGAGUGAUGGUUCUUUUGUGUGGAAAUCAUCAUUUGUGUAUCUUGUGCAAGCUUGUGUAUUCACAGUGUUUUGUUUAAAUCCGUUCACUUUCAACAUUCUGAAAUCUUAAUGCACAUUUGAUAGAAUAUACCAAGUUUCGGCAGGGAAGGGGUUAAUGUGAUUUCAUUUGUCAAGAGCCAGAUGGGACAUUUGACAGCCUUCGAAAAUGAUUUAUUUUGGACAGUCAUUCCUCUCAUUUCUCCUCGAAUUUAUGGCUUCACCUACUACAGUAAAUCUAUCUGUAGUCAUUUCCAGUUAUGAUAAUGAUAAUCAUCUGCAACAUACUAUUAUUUCUGGCUUUAGCUUAAUUUAGACCCCCUCCUCUCCCUGAGAUGUUAAAACAAUUGUAAAGGAAACAGAUUUUUUUUUUUUGCUGAAAAUUUGUUAUGUUGUAUUUUAGUUUGUUCAAUUAUACAAUUUUUUUUUUUUUGGGGGGGGGGGGGUUAAUUCCCCUAAAUUUAAGUGUCUAGAUGCCAAAUCUUUACCAAAAAGUUGAUGGAAAGUAUUUUGAACAUUACUGUUUACAAAACAAUGUCAAACUUAGUAAUUCUUUUGUAAAUUAUUAUAUUGGUUUCUGAUUUAUUUCGUUGUUCUAUAUUCUUUUACAUUGGUUUUAUGACUGAAUGUGUUAUAGAAUUUAAUGUUGCUCAAAUUUAAAUGAGAAUGUCGAGUCCAAUGGCUUGAAAUAUAAAAUUUACAGUGUUUCGUGCAAUUUAUGAAAAUCAGUAUUUUUCUUUCAUUGGUGCACAAAUUCCAGAAAGAAAAAAUGGAAAGAGAUUCUUAAUCUGACAUGCCAUUUCAAAAUGAGCUUUGACCUUGUGAUGGCUCCUUGUCCAAUUUCCCAUAAAGAUGCAGUAAAAGGGGAAAGAAAAUCAUGAAACAAUAACUUUGGAUCAGCUGCCUUUUCGGAGUCUGACAAUAACAUGACAUUCCCCCCAGCGAACUAAGAGUUUACUGUACAUGUACAUGAAAUGUUUAGACCUGGUCUCACAGUGUCAGUUCUGCUUGUUUUUGUUUUUAAAUUAUUUUGCUGCAUUUACUUUUUAUUGUCUUGUGAACAUGGCAUACUUUGUUGCAGAGUGACCAACGUAUACUUUAUUUGUCCUCUCUUUUGCCGUUGCAGUGCUAUUUAUGUGUUGUCAUUCACAUUACGCCUUUUCUUUACCUGAGCCUGUAUCAUGAAGCUUAGUGAUUGAUCGUAAGGCUGAUGUUUGCAGUUGAUCGUACACAAUAGUCAAUGCAAUCAGUAAUUGAAGUCGAGCCCCACGAUCAGUCACUGCGCCUGAUGAUACAGGACCCCGUUUUGUAUUUUGCUGGUGUCUUUUCACUAUGCGCUUGUAACAUCAACAAUUCCAUGAGUGCGCCGACGAUAGUUUGAUGUGAAAUAUGCAUAGUAAUAUCCUGUAGCUUGUACAUACCCUGCAACCCCCUCAAAGAAAGAUUUUAUUUAUAAUUUUCCUACUCCUGUUCAGUUGUAUUUUCAUUGCAUUUGAUUGCAAUUUACAAUGGCUAUGAUCACUAAAAAAUUGUAACUCUUGGGCUUUUGUUCAAUACUUUCUUACGGUACGAGAUCGGUUUGUUAUUUUAAACCCUAGUUAUUUAUUGUGUUGGGAUAAUUUUCUUAACCCCUUAAGUUUUUUAAAGCUUGAUUCGGUUGCCUGAUCUUAGCUUUUGAUAACUACCACCAGCACCAAACUUGCAUUCAUGCAAUGUGUUUUAUUUAGGCAAUAAAAAUUUGUAAGUUGUUUAAUAGCGCUUAUAUUAACAUCCAUUCCUCUUUACAUCUGCGAUGUGAUUGGUCGUUAACAUGCAUGAAAAUGAAAAGUAACUGCAACUUGUGAACUCUUAAUCAAUAAGCAGACCAGUCUCCUGUCCAUGUUGAAAGAAACAGCCAUACCCUUUUGUCCUUAUUGUGAUUCAUUCAUUGGUACAUUUUUUUUAUUUGUACAUAUUUUAGUAUCAACAUGCAACCAAAAUCGUUCCGUUUUGCAAUCAAACCGAGUAUUGUCUGUAACAUUUGAAUGAUCCGCGCACAAAAAUGAAAGAUAAAACCCAACCAAUAUCAUCCGCGUAACUGUUAUAUAACAUGUAACAUGCCUUGUUUUCAGCUUGCAUGUGUAUUUAUGUCUUAAUAUGCAUUUGUGAUUUUGAUUGUUUUUGGACUUUGGGUAGGGGGAGGGGUUUGGUUUUUUUUUUCUAAUGUAAAAAAUAGCAAUAUAUUUUUGGUUUUCUUGUGCCAUUCUACCCUUGUUUCAAAGCCGGGAAAUGGCAGUUCGAUCAUGCUGUACGUGAUGUGAAAUGUAUCGUCAUUAUAUUAUUAUUGUUUUGCGUUGAAAUAAAUACACCUGUAAUUUUAUUGUGAGCACUGUUGAAAAUGGCAUUUCAAUUAUAAUAAAAAAGGAGAAAAGACUUGA